CUGGGAGAGAGGAGGAGGAGGAGCGGGCAGUGGGAGCGGGGGGAGCACGCUCUCCAGCCCUCGCUGUGUCCGCAGCCCUCCCGGCCCCUGGGGCAUUUCCCCCCAUAUCUCAGGUGGAGCAUAGGCGGAGUCUCUCAUUUUGAGGAGUCAUCUUGGUGGGAGUUCCGGUAGCCUUCAUCAGGCGGGGGUCUCUCUCGAUUUCCCAUUCCCAAACCUUGGCCUGAUGGAGAAAGCGGAGGCUGUGAGGAAGAGGAAGAUGGCCCGGGAGCCGCAGGCAGAGCAGGAGCUGAGGGCGGAGACCAGGGAGGACAAAUCCCCACAGCAGAACCUGGUGGAAGAGGCCGUUUUGAGCGGCUCCACAGCGCAGGAAGCCAAUGGGGAGGAAAAGCCCCGGAGAUCCCUCACGAGGAGGGGCUGCAAACGCAGAUCACGGGGAUCUGAGGAGGAAAGACCCACCCUGGGCCAGGGGGGUGGCUGGAGCUCGGAGCUGAGGGUCGAUGAGCAACUUCAGGAUGGGGAGAAGCCCCACAAGUGCUCGGAAUGUGGGAAGAGCUUCAAGAGGAAAUCCUGCCUGAUUGUCCACCAGAUGAUCCACACGGGGGAGAGGCCCUACGAGUGUGGGGAGUGUGGGAAGGGCUUCACCCACAGCUCCAACCUGAUUGUCCACCAGAGGAGCCACACGGGGGAGAGGCCUUACGAGUGCGAUCAAUGCAAGAAGAGCUUUCUGAGCAGCAGUGAUCUCAUCGUGCACCAGCGCUCACACACAGAUGAGAGGCCCUUCCUGUGCCCCGACUGCCAGAAGCGCUUCAACCGCAUCUCCACCCUCAACAGGCACCGGCGCAUCCACACAGGGGAGAAGCCCUAUCAGUGUGAGAAAUGCAAGAAGAGGUUUCACAGGUGCUCCCAUCUCCUCAGUCACCAGCUCAUUCACACAGACGAGAGGCCCUUCCACUGCCCCGACUGCGGGACUGGCUUCAGGAACAACUCCCACCUCAUCAGCCACCGGCGCAUCCACACCGGGGAGAGGCCCUACGAGUGUCCCCAGUGUGGGAAGAGCUUCACCCAGAGCUCAAGCCUGAUGGUCCACCAGAGGGGCCACACUGGGGAGAGGCCCUACGAGUGUGAGCAAUGCAGGAAGAGGUUUUACUCCAAGUCCGAUCUCGUCAAGCACCAGCGCAUUCACACAGACGAGAGGCCCUUCCACUGCCCCGACUGCGGGAAGGGCUUCAAGCGCAACCACGCCCUUGUCGUCCACCAGAGGAUCCACACCAGGGAGAGGCCCUACGAGUGCUCAGAAUGUGGGAAGAGCUUUAGUAAGAGAUGCAACCUCCUCAUCCAUUGGAGAAUCCACACAGAGGUACGGCCCUACGAGUGUCCUGAGUGUGGCAAGUGCUUCAGGAGGAGCUCCCACCUGACUGUCCACCAGAGGAGCCACACUGGGGAGAAGGCCUACAAGUGUGGAGAGUGUGGGAAGAACUUCAGCAAGCGCUGCAACCUGAACUCCCACCAGCGGAUCCACACUGGAGAGAGACCCAGAGAGAGGCGCUAUGAGUGUGAUAAAUGCAGGAAGAGGUUUCUCACCAGUUCUCAUCUCCUCCAGCACCAGCCGAUUCACUCAGAUGAGAGGCCCUUCCGCUGCCCUGACUGCAGGAAGGGCUUCAAGGACAACUCCACCCUCAUCAGGCAUCGCCGCAUCCACACCGGAGAUAGGCCCCGAGAGAGGCGCUACGAGUGUGAUCAAUGCAGGCAGAGGUUUUACACCAGCUCCCAUCUCCUGCUGCACCAGCGCACUCACACAGACGAGAGGCCCUUCCGCUGCCCCGACUGCGGGAAGGGCUUCCAGCGCAACACCCACCUCACCAGCCACCGGCGCAUCCACACCGGGGAGACGCCCUAUGAGUGUCCCGAGUGUGGGAAGAGAUUCCGGCACAGCUCAGCCCUGGGCCUCCAUGAGCAGCCUGAGGAUGGGAAGAAGCCCCACAAGUGCUCAGAAUGUGGGAAGAGCUUGAGCGACAGAUCCUCCCUGAUCUGCCACAUGAAAACCCACACGGGGGAAUGGCCCUACGAGUGUGAUAAAUGCAGGAAGAGGUUUCAGAUGAGUUCCCAUCUCUUUGUCCUCGUCACCCACCUGCGCAUCCACAGCGGGGAGAGGCCCUACAAGUGUCCUGAGUGUGGAAAGAGCUUCACCCAGAGCUCCACCCUGACUGCCCACCUGAGGACCCACACGGGGGAACGGCCCUACGAGUGUGCAGAGUGUGGGAAGAGCUUCAGGACGAGCUCUGAACUGACCAUCCACCAGAGAAACCACAUUGGGGAACAGCCUUUUGAGUGUGGGGAAUGUGGGAACAGCUACCAGAGGAGGUGCCACCUGACCCGCCACAUUGAAGUCCACACAGGGCUGGAAUGGCCCUACAAGUGUGGGCAGUGUGGGAAGAGCUUGAGGUCGAGGUCUGAUCUGAUUGUCCACCAGCGGAGCCACACGGGGGAACGGCCCUUCGAGUGUGGGGAGUGUGGGAAGAGCUUCAUGUCAAAGUCCCACCUGAUCGGCCACCAGAGGAUCCACACUGGGGAGAGGCCCUACGAGUGUGAUAAAUGCAGGAAGAGGUUUCAGACCAGCUCCCUUCUCGUUCUACAUCAGCGCAUUCACACAGAUGAGAGGCCCUUCCGCUGCCCUGACUGUGGGAAGGGCUUCAAGCACUGCUCCAGCCUCUGCAAACACCGGCGCAUCCACACCAGGGAGAGGCCCUACAACUGCUUGGAAUGUGGGAAGAGCUUCAGCCAGAGGUCCAACCUGAUCUGCCACAUGAGAAUCCACACGGGGGAGAGGCCCUACAUAUGUGAGGAGUGUGGGAAGAGCUUCAGCCGGAGAUCCAACUUGACUGUCCACCUGAGGAGCCACACCCAGGAGAGGUCUUACAAGUGUGGGGAGUGUGGGAAGAGCUUCAGCUGGAUCUCCUGCCUGAUUGUCCACCUGAGGAGGCACACCGGGGAGAAGCCCUACGAGUGUGAUAAAUGCAGAAAGGGGUUUGAGACCAGCUCUGAUCUCCUCAGGCACCAGCGCACUCACACAGAGGAGAGACCCUUCCUCUGCCCCGACUGUGGGAAAGGCUUCAAGUACAACUCCUCCCUUGUCAGCCACCAGCAUAUGCACACCCGGGAGCGGCCCUAUGAGUGUCCCGAGUGUGAGAAGAGAUUCACCCACAAGUCGAACCUGAUUGUCCACAAGAGGAUCCACACCGGCGAGAGGUCUUACGAGUGUGGGGAGUGUGGGAAGAGCUUCUGCCAGCGCUCGCACCUGAUCUACCACCUGAGGAGCCACACUGGGGAGAAGCCCUAUGAGUGUGAUAAAUGCAGGAAGAGGUUUCAGAGCAGCUCUCAUCUUGUCAGGCACCAGCGCAUUCACACGGAGGAGCGGCCCUUUCGCUGCCCUGACUGCGGGAAGGGCUUCAGGGACAACUCCAGCCUCGUGACCCACCGGCGCAUCCACACCGGGGAGAGGCCCUACGAGUGCCCAGAGUGUGGGAAGAGCUUCUCACAGAGCUCUAUCUUGAGCAGACACCAACGGAGCCAGCACUAAGGGAAGCCCUGCACGUGCCCCGCAUGCAGGGAGAGUUUCAUGUGCUCCUCCAGCUCCAUCCCCCAUGGGAUCCACACUGGAUGAUCCCCAGAGAGCGCCGGUGGGCAGAGCCCCGGUGAUCUGUGGUGCCAGUGAUCCGUGUUGGGAAGACACCUGGCUGGGGGCUCCACAUCCUCCUGGCUCUCCAUGGGCACCUGCACACAUCCACAGACCAACACCAGACAUCCAUUGUG